AAUUUAUUUGCCUAAGUCUUUUCAAAUGUCCCAAAUAUUAACACAAUAACCUUCAUGAUUCAGAAUACUAUUUAGGAAAAAAUAAUACGUAAUAGUUAGUUUAAUUAAUCCCAUGAGCCUCUGAACAAACUACUAUUGUUUAAAAAAGUAUAAAACUUUCAACCAAAAAAGCAAGCAACUCAAAAAUAACUAUUCUUUCAAAUUGUUAGUUAAUACCAAGAUGAUCAAGUUUGUGAUUUUAGCUGUGUGUGGGUUGAUGUGCCUUACUCAGGCAACACCAGCAAAAUUGUCCAAAGAGUUUGGCACUGCUCAAGAAAUCGAAAGGCAACAAGCCUUGAAAGAACUCCAAAACUUUGACUUUGUUGGUGCCUUUGUAAAACUGGUGCUGAAAUCUCCUGAACAAGCUGCAGCCAAUGUAAAUGAACUUUUGACUAAGAACAACAACGCCUUGGCUGAAGAAGUUUUGGACGCUUUCAAUGCUGGUUUAAACGCAAGGAUCUUUGUCAUCAAUGGAGAUUACAUUGAAAUUGACAGAGCCGCCUUUGGAAGAAUGAUUUUUGAAAAUACUCGUGGUUUUGCUCAAGUAUUUUAUCCUAGUCUCCAACAACGUUCAGCUCAUAGUGUGUAUGAAAGAAAAGUUCAAGAGUAUGUUGAUGUAAUUGAAGUUAAACAACCUUUGGAACAGUUUAAUGCAAUUUUAACAACAGAAAGACAAAUUGGUGUUAAGGCAGUCACACUGAGUAGUAUUUUAAAUUCUAUCAUUUCUUCUAUUUCCUCAGUUGUUUCUAAUAUUCUCAGCACGGUGGCUUCCUUAAUUGUAAACCUUUUGACAGCAAUUGUAAGUCUUAUAAAUAACGUUUUAGCUUGGCUACAAACUAGAAUUUCAUUGCUGUUCACCCUGUUGAACCCAAUUGGAAAAUUAAUCAAUAAUAUCCUUCAACAAAUUAUUAAUUUGCUUUCAAAUCUUAUUACUACUGCAACUUCAAGGAAACGCCGUGACGUUUCUGAGGUAAUUGAUUUCAAAGCCACUGGAAUUGUUAGCACAGUUGGAACAUUGUUGAACAAUAUUGCGGAAGCUUUGGUUUCGAUUAUAAAAGAACUAGGAGGUGAUAUAAUUAGUGUGGUUAAGACUGUAGUAAACUCAUUAUUCAGUACUAUUACGAGUGUGGGAACUGCCCUUAAUACCCUUUUGAAUUUUGGUAAUAGUACUAGUUGAAUAUGUAAUAAAAUCUAAUGUUGUAAUUUGAAGAAAUGUCAUCAAAUAAAAUAUAUAGGUAGUUGAUUAAAUCCUACUUAGUUGUUUUAUUUGUUUUAGCUCUGACGAUAUGAAAAUUUUGAUUAUAGUGUAUUAAAACAUUAUGUCAAAAAUUUACCAAUUCAAUCAUCAGAGAGAAAGUUUCUGGCUGAUUGACAGUCUCUUUCUCUCACUAAUCUAGUUUUCGCACUUAUAUUCGUUUCGAUUUUCUAAAUGGAAUUUUAGAAAAGUUUUUAGAACAUAUAGUUGGUAGUCAGGACUAGGAGUCGAACAUAGUCAGUAAAAAGAGUUUUUGUAGUUGAAUAGCUGAAUUUAGUCGAGAAAGUUUUAAAUAUUAACGUACUAAAAAAGUACCGUCAUUAUAUUGUCAACAAGCAAAACUCCUCUGGCCUCAGGACUCCACCCAGUGCAAUUAUCUCUUUUGGGAAAACCCCUCUAGGUGUUUUCAGUCGUCGUGUCGUCCAGUGCAAUUACCUCUUUUGGGAAAGCCCCUCUGGUCCUGGACGACCCUUCACUUUAUAACGAAUCGCACCUAACCUAGGUUUGUGUUUUUCAGAUAGCUCCCCUGUCCCCUAUCAGGCAAUCUAAUCGAUCUUUCAAAAUAAAAAUUCAAUAUGGCGUGGCGGCCAAGCAAGUUUAUUUUGAAUAUGUGUUUUUAUGCGUAUUUUAAUUAUUUUGCUUCGAGUUUUGCUUGCAACUUUGACUUCGAUUAUUUAAUAAAAUAUUUGUUGAAUAGGUAUGUAAACUCUUUAACACGAUUUUAUCUCAGGAACUAUAAGUCCAAAUGAGUUGAAAUUUUCAGGGAUUGACAUCCUUUACUGGAAUAAGAAUCGCUGAAAAUUUCAGCUUUCUAUCUAUAAUAGAAAAAAAGUUAUGAUCUUUCAAAGUUUUCCAAAAUCUAAAUCAUAAAGUAGCUAUCUUCUUACUAAAACGAUGAAAUUUCAAUUUUUUUUUGUUGAGAUUUUGUGUCCUAAUGGUCAUUUGAUAUCCCCCGAACUCUAUACACUAAGUUAUUUCCAGAUUUGAACCCGAAAUCUAUGAAAAAAGGCACUCAGAAAAAUUGAAAAAUUGAUAAAUCACCCCAAAUUGCUUAACACGAUUUUAUCUCAGGAACUAUAAGUCCAAAUGAGUUGAAAUUUUCAGGGAUUGAAAUCCUCUACUGAAAUAAGAAUCGCUGAAAAUUUCAGCUUUCUAUCUAUAAUAGAAAAAAAGUUAUGACCUUUCAAAGUUAUCCAAAAUCUAAAUCAUAAGGCCUUCUUACUAAAAUGAUGAAAUUUCAAAUUUUCUUGAGAUUUUGUGUCCUAAUGGUCAUUUGAUGUCCCCCGAACUCUAUACACUAAAUUAUUCCCAGAUUUGAAGCCGAAAUCUACGAAAAAAGGCACUCAGAAAAAUUGAAAAAUUGAUAAAUCACCCCAAAUUGCUC